AUGGCGCGCAAGGAGCAGACCCAGUACAUGACCGUCAGCGACCUGAACAAUGAGCACUACACCAUCGCCUGGUACUGGCGCCUUAUUGCGCUCCUCGCCUCGUGGAUGAUUCUGGGAGGUUACCUUAUCGUACCUCCGCUUUUCCAAAUCGAAAAUCCCGAAGACAAGCCCCAACCACAGCUACGAUGCGAGCCCCAGGUCCUGACCAUCCUCGUCGUCGCCCUGCUUGUUGCCGGAUACUCGUUUACCGUCCUCCUUUGCUUCGCCGUGAAGUCGAUGAUCUUCCAGUCCGAGUCCAUAUUCAUGCCCGCGCUGGCCUCCUCAGCCCUCGGUCUGCUGACUGUUUUCUACAACUGGCUGGUCUUUGAGCACUUCACGUGGAAUCGCGCUUCCGUGAUAGCCGUCGCGCUGUCUGGCGGCAUGACGGUCCUUUACGGCGUCUUCCUCGUCCUCACCAACCGUCGGAUUGCGCAGCUGCGCACCCAACUGAGCUCCAAAUCCAACAACAUGUGGCAGCACAACAGCACCUACUACGAGAACUGGAUCGCGAACAUGUUUCCAAGUGUCAAGCGCGUUUCGCCCCUCUAUGCUCCGCCGCCUGAGCAGCACAACAUGCCGCUCACUGAAGACGAUCUGGUCAACCAGCAGAUGGCCAUGCUCCUGAUGAACAAGGAUCCCGGCCCUUCGCCAGAUGCCAGCCAGAGCACUUUCCGCAUCCAAUUGCCGUAUGGUGAAGAAUCCGAUGGCGAGAACAACCCCAAUGCCCGUCGUAACCGCUCCAUGAGACAUCAACAUCACCAUUCCAACAGCCGCGGCAUCCCGAUGAGCCCGCCGCAAGCGCUGCACGAAUACUAUGCCAGUACCAGGACGAGAAGUGGAAGCUACGGCCACGGAUACUCAAACUCAACCGACAGCAGAAGAGGGAGAACGGAUGAUCGGUCAGGCGGGGGCGAACCGAGAGCGAAGAGCAGAGAAGAGCGUCGGCAAGAGAUCGAGCUGGGGCAGUUUCGCUAA